AUGAAGCAAAGCACUUACCGCUAUUAUUUCCGCUUAUCUCACACCCGAGGAGAGGGAGAUGGUGCUGUGCAUUUUGAGAAGAUUCCCAUAGCACCAGAAGACCAAGAGAAGACGACAUUCACUUAUCCUUAUGGCACAUUUGCCUAUAGGAGGAUGCUGAGGUGUGUAAAUGGGGAGGAGAUCAUUCAAAUUCUCAAGCAUUGUCAUGAGGGACCGGUUGGUGGACACCAAGCUGCAAAUCAUACGGCCAGAAAGGUUAUGGAUGCUGGUUUUUAUUGGCCGACUAUCUUCCAGGAUGCACGAGCUUAUGUCCAGUAUAUAAUGCUGGCUAUUGAAUAUUUUUCUAAAUGGCCUGAGGCACAAGCCUUGCCUACUAAUGAUGCUAGGGUAGUUGUGAGGUUCCUUAAGAGAUUAUUCUUUAGGUUUGGAACACCUCGAGCAUUAAUUAGUAAUAGGGGAACCCAUUUCUGUAAUUCUCAACUUGAGAAAGUGCUGAAAAGAUAUGGAGUAUCUCAGCGAUUCUCCAUACCUUAUCACCCACAAACGAGUGGGCAAGUAGAGGUUACUAAUAGGGGACUCAAGCGUAUUUUAGAGAAGACUGUAGGAGCCAGCAGGAAAGAUUGGACUAUAAAGCUAGAUAAUGCUUUAUGGGCAUUUAGAACUGCCUAUAGGACUUCUACAGGGUUCACUCCCUUUAGGCUUGUGUAUGGAAAAGGUUGUCAUUUACCUGUGGAGCUAGAACAUAAAGCAUUAUGGCCACUUAAAUCAUGUAACUUUGAUUUGGAUACCGCAGGUAGACAAAGGCAGUGGCAGAUAAAUGAGCUAGAGGAGUGGCGUCAACAAGCCUAUGAAAAUUCAACAAUCUACAAGGCGAAGACCAAAUAA